AAAUUAUUUUUAUAAAUUAAAAAUGGUUUAUCAAGGGGAAUAUGUAAUUUUUUUUGUUUUAAAUAAAUUAUAAAUUCAAAUGUUGACAUUAAAUGAUAAAUAAAAGCUUUACACUAAAAAUUAUUGACUAUUCAUUUGAAAAUAGUGUAUUAUGAAAUAUGAUCACGUGAUAGUUUUGUGACUAUGAUUUAUUUUUGUCUUGAAAAAUUAUUUUUCGUUGGGUAUUAACUCUGAUAACGUAAAAGCUGAUUGAUAUUGAGGAGAAAUAAAUUUAUAAAUUGAUAACUUGAGUCAACAAUUAACGGUUAUACAUUGAAUUUGAUUAGCAAAUAAAAUAUUAUAAACAUCAAGCUUGAUAAUAAUGGCACAAUCAAAAGGUUUGGAAUUAAUAAAAGCACUUAUUCAAAGAUCAGUGUCGCUGAAAUCAUAUGAUUAUCAAUGUUUAAAAAAUGUGAAAGUAUUAUCAGCUGGUGAUGGAAAUAUAAAAGCAGAAUUUACAGUUGCUGAGGAACACACUAAUUCAGCUGGUGCACUUCAUGGUGGAUGUACAACUACACUUAUUGAUUCAAUAUCAUCAUUUGCAUUAAUGACUGAUAAAACUAAUAAUCUUCCUGGUGUUUCUGUUGAUCUAAAUAUAUCCUUUUUAAAAAAAGCUGUUCCAGGUGAUGUACUUACCAUUGAUGCCCAGACAAUAAAAGCUGGUAGAACAUUGGCUUUUUUAAAAAUUGAAAUGGCUAAAAAAAAUGAUGGAUCAAUAAUUGCUCGUGGACAACAUACAAAAUUCAUUGGUUUUUAAUUAUCAAAUUAUUGUAUAAUAUAAAAAAUUAAUUUUUAAUUAUAUUUGUUAGUUAAUAAAAAUGUAAUUUACAGGAAAAUAUAAUUUAUAUUAUUUGAUUAUAAGUAUAAUAUAUACAAAUUUUAUAAAUAGCUAAA